AUGCAUUGGAAAAAUUAUAUUGCGUUGCUGAUUUUGCAAAUUGCCUAUGAAACUGUUAUGGCUGCCCGCAAUCGUCGUUUCCACGUCGAAAUGUACAACAUGAGCUGCAAUCACACGGAGGUUGUUAAGCGUAUGGAUUGCCAUCUCGCAAAAUUGGCCACGGAUCGUUAUGCCGUUACGGUUAAAUUUAUGUACAAAGAUGACCUGGCCAAUGACGGUGUGGCCCAUACACAAAUUUUGGUUCGAAUGAAACGUGGACCACCUGUAUUGAAAUUUCUCGAUUUUAAGGUAAACGUUUGUGACGCACUGUCGGUGUCGUCGUUUCCAAUACCACUGGCCAAAGAUCUAUUCGAUGAGGCAAGGAGAACGAGCAACUUACCUUACAAUUGUCCACUAAAGGGGAAUUUCUUAUAUUAUAUCAACAAUUAUACGGUGACAUCAGAAACAAUACCAGCCUAUGCACCAUUGAUGAAUUUUUCGUUAAUUUUUAAAAUUUAUAAAAAUAAUGAAUUGGUCAUUGCAACUGAGACGCAGGGGGGUACAAUUCCGAAAAUUUGA